GCGCGACAGCCAAGAUGCACGCACUCGCUUGUUGGAUGGUGUGGUUAACAUCCCUUACAACUGUCUGGUCAGGCUUGCACCCUGAGUGUGAGUAUAUAUUCCAGCUGGAGAGAGAGGAGCAGCGUUGUCUCAGAGAGAUCACGGAGCACAAAAAUCUUAGCACCUCAGGCUGCCUCCCAGUAUGGGACUCUGUGGUGUGCUGGCCCAAAGCAGCUGUGGGAGACACUGUGCAUUCCCCCUGCCCUGCUGUCUUUUCUCUCUUCAGCAACACCACAGGUACCGUGAGUCGUAACUGUACCAGUGCAGGCUGGUCACAGCCUUUUCCACCCUACCACGAAGCCUGCAGCGUGGAGGACGACAUUCCAGAGGACUCUUAUUUCAGCACGGUGAAGCUGAUCUACUCCAUCGGCUAUGGGGCUUCCCUCAUCUCUCUCAUGGUUGCCGUGGCAAUCCUGCUGUCCUUCAGGAGGUUGCGCUGUGCCCGGAACUACAUCCAUAUUCAGCUAUUCUUCAGCUUCAUCCUCAAAGCUGCCUCAGUGUUCAUAAAGGAUGCGACGCUGUUUGCCAGCCAAGACACCAACCACUGCUCCCUGUCUACGGCGGCCUGUAAGGCGUCCGUUGUGUUCUGCCACUACUGUGUGAUGAGUAAUUUCUCCUGGCUGCUGAUGGAGGCGGUCUACCUCAAUUUCCUGCUCGUGUCUGCCUUGCCUCGGACCCGCCGCUGUCUCUGGGGUUUCGCUUUGCUGGGCUGGGGAGUUCCUCUGGUUUUCAUUAUCCUCUGGAUUGGCUCACGGAUGUACUUUGAGGACAUGGAGUGCUGGGACAUUAAUGAAGAUUCCCCGUACUGGUGGACAAUCAAGGGACCAAUAGUUGUGUCCAUAGGGGUCAACUUCAUGUUAUUCAUGAAUAUCAUAAGAAUUCUGAUCCAGAAGCUGAAUCCACGUCUGAUCCAAUUUAAUAACUCCGCACAAUACAGACGCCUCACCAAGUCCACGCUCUUGCUGAUCCCCCUGUUCGGGACUCACUACGUGGUGUUCAACUUCCUGCCGGACGACUCUAGUGUGAACCUGCGUUUCUGCAUCGAGCUCUGCCUUGGCUCCUUCCAGGGGCUCAUAGUGGCGGUUCUCUACUGUUUCCUGAACCAAGAGGUACAGAGUGAGGUGCAGAUGCAGUGGCUGCGUUGGCUGGAGAGCAGCUAUGGGGUGGUUCCCGCCGCAGCGAAGGGCAGUCAGAUGGACACGCCGUUUUAGCACCUGGCAGCAGAGCUCCUACCUGUUCUACUCACUUCAGACUCGGCUGUUUUCAACUGUGUGCUGCCUACAUGCUGAAACAAAACCCAACAGAGCCUACACCAACCUUUAUCAACACCACCUACCGUAC